GAGGGCGUCAUUUCUCUUCGAUACGUCAAUGCUUCGCCGGGCGGGAUUUCUGUAGUAAUACCAAGUAUGGCGAAGACGUACGAUUAUUUGUUUAAAUUACUGUUAAUCGGUGACUCAGGUGUCGGUAAAACCUGUGUCUUAUUCAGGUUUUCAGAAGACGCCUUCAACUCAACGUUUAUCUCAACGAUAGGCAUUGAUUUCAAGAUUAGGACAAUAGAGCUGGACGGCAAGAAGAUAAAGUUACAGAUAUGGGACACCGCUGGUCAGGAGCGCUUCAGGACAAUCACAACAGCUUAUUACAGAGGAGCCAUGGGCAUCAUGCUCGUCUAUGACAUCACCAACGAGAAGUCUUUUGAUAACAUCAAGAACUGGAUAAGAAACAUAGAGGAGCAUGCUUCUUCUGAUGUUGAGAAGAUGAUCCUGGGGAACAAAUGUGACAUAAACGACAAGCGUCAGGUUUCCAAAGACCGAGGGGAGAAGCUUGCACUAGAGUAUGGGAUCAAAUUUGUGGAAACGAGUGCAAAGGCCAACAUCAAUGUGGAAAACGCAUUUCUGACGCUGGCCAGAGACAUCAAAACAAAAAUGGACACAAAAUUGGAGGGGAACGCACCACAGGGCAGCAGUCAUGGAGUUAAGAUCUCAGAGCCUCAGAAGAAAACCAGCUUCUUUCGCUGUAACUUACUCUGAGCGCCGAGACCGUUGACACUGGCUGACAGCCGGCUGGACCGGAAUGGACUGUGCUUGCUUUAAGCACUUCCUGUCCCGUUCCGUCCCUUGCAACCCAACCACGGUUUGUCCUCCCAGUCCACAUAAACCAGUUUACUCUCAGUGAGUGAAGGUCUUUUGCUCUUUAUCUUCUCAAAGCUUCCAGCGAUGCAGUUCUUCCAGUCACCAGGAGAUCUGCUGUCUUCAUGACUUGGACCACUUCACCUGUGGACGAUACUGUCUUACAGUAUUGUCCAGAUAUUUCAUGUUUCACAGAAACAGGUUCAUACUCUUCUCUUUAACCUCUUUUUAAUUUUCUAUACAUCCACAGCACAACCAUAACCAAAAGAUCAUUCAGAACAAUUUUGGCCAAGAUCUAGGGAUUAAAAAUAAAAAUGUGAUUUUAAUAUUUAGAACUUCUUUAUUAGUGGCUUUGCCCUUCUUAUGUGACAAGUCCUGUCCAGAGACUGAUUGGUUUGAUCUUUAGUGAAACAGAGCUGCACAAAAUGUUCACUGCUUAAAAACAACAUGGGGCAACAUGUGACCAUAGAUUAGAGAUGGGUUUAUAGAUUUCUUAGAAGUAGACAAAUGGUUUAUUUUCCUCAGGUUAUUUUGACGCUCGUUUGGUCCAUGUUGUAUUUAUUUGUUUUAUUUAAUCUUUUAUUUUAGCCAGUAAGUGAUCCUAAAGGGUUAUAAAUAGGGUACAUACAUAGGGUAAUAAUUAGGGUAAAUACAGUAGAUUGCACAAUAUUUUGCUUUAUUCUGUAUUUAAUUGGACCUUUUUCAUGGGAGAAAUGGACGUCCUCAAAUUAGAGACGGAGGGAUUCAUCCCAGUUGGAACAGUUGGUGAAUGAUCAGUUGUUUUUUUUUUUGUUUUUUUUUGCUACCUUUAAAAUCUUUUUAUUUAUUUUGUUCUUAAGGUUUUGUGCAGCUCUGUCACAUUCAGGCUAAAUGACGUCUGUGGAUUUUUGAUCAGCAGUUUGUAUCACCCUCUGCUGCCUUAGCAGCUCUCCUUGCACUUUAUCAUUAUCUCGUGUUUGACUCGUCUUUGUCAUUUAAUAUGUUUACACCGCAGCAAACGAAAUUUCAAUGAAGCGUUGAAGGAUGUCAUGGCUGAAGAGGAAUUUGAAACAUAAUGGGAAUCGUUCUAAAGUCUAAAUGCACCUACAUAAAAAGAAAACUAAUUUACUCCUCUGCAGUUUUACUGCUAGUGAUCCACUCUCAUG